AUGUGUGCCAGUAUUGAAUUUAGUUCAAGAGGUGCAGCAAUUCAAUCUGAAAAUGUCCCAAAUGGAACAGCCAAUGGAUUCUCUGCUAGAGGACAUGGAUCAUCAGCUGGAGGAAGUGGUUUGUCUGGAGAGGCUUAUCGCCGCCGCCAUGAAAUAACUGUCUCUGGAGAUGAAGUGCCCCCACCUCUAGCAUCAUUUGAAGCUACUGGCUUUCCUUCUGAGAUUUUGAAAGAGGUACUCAAUGCAGGGUUCUCUGCCCCAACUCCAAUUCAGGCACAAUCGUGGCCAAUCGCUUUGCAGAGUAGAGAUAUAGUAGCUGUUGCCAAGACCGGUUCGGGUAAAACAUUAGGUUACCUAAUUCCAGGCUUUAUCCAUCUCAAGCGCUGCCGUAAUGCCCCUCAACUGGGUCCAACUGUUUUGGUACUGUCACCAACAAGAGAGUUGGCAACACAGAUACAAGAUGAAGCUGUGAAGUUUGGAAGGUCAUCAAGAAUUUCCUGCACGUGCUUGUAUGGAGGAGCACCAAAGGGUCCCCAGUUAAAAGAACUAGACAGAGGAGCAGACAUUGUGGUUGCCACUCCUGGUCGCUUGAAUGACAUUCUUGAAAUGAGGAGAGUCAGCCUCAGUCAAGUUUCUUACCUUGUACUAGAUGAGGCUGAUCGCAUGUUGGACAUGGGUUUUGAACCCCAGAUACGUAAGAUUGUAAAGGAGGUGCCUGCUCGGCGCCAGACCCUCAUGUACACUGCAACUUGGCCAAAGGAAGUCAGGAAAAUUGCUGCAGAUCUACUGGUCAAUCCUGUUCAGGUUAAUAUUGGCAACAUAGAUGAGCUUGUGGCAAACAAGUCUAUCACACAGUAUGUUGAAUUAUUGGCACCCUUGGAAAAACAUAGACGAUUAGAGCAAAUAUUGCGGUCCCAAGAACCUGGAUCGAAGAUUAUUAUUUUUUGCUCAACAAAGAAGAUGUGUGAUCAACUUGCUCGCAACCUCACCCGCCAAUUCGGAGCUGCUGCUAUUCAUGGUGACAAAUCUCAGAGUGAGAGGGAUUAUGUUCUGAGUCAGUUCCGAACUGGGAGGUCUCCAAUACUUGUAGCCACUGAUGUAGCUGCUCGAGGACUAGACAUUAAAGAUAUCAGAGUGGUUAUCAAUUACGACUUCCCUACUGGAGUGGAGGAUUAUGUUCAUAGGAUUGGGAGAACUGGGAGAGCAGGGGCCACUGGAGUGGCCUACACGUUCUUUGGUGACCAGGAUGCAAAGUAUGCUUCAGAUCUCAUCAAAGUUUUGGAAGGAGCAAAUCAGCGAGUCCCACCAGAGAUACGUGAUUUGGCUUCGCGUGGUGGUGGGGGAAUGGGAAGGUUUAGACGUUGGGGCUCUGGUUCUGGUGGUCGUGAUGGGGGCCGUGGUGGACGCAAUGAUUUUGGUUAUGGUGGAAGGGGUAGUUGGGGAAUGUCUAAUUCCUCUUCUAGCAGACCAGAAAGAGGUGGAGGCCGUGGAUAUGACCAUGAGUCGCGGGACAGGUAUGACCAGGGUCAUGGUGAUGGAUACGAUAAAGGCCACAAUCACAAUCGGAGUCCUGACAAGGGAUCAGGUUGGAGUGAUCGUGGCAAAAGUUGGAACUGUGAUCACAGUCGUAGUCGGAGCCCGGACAGGUAUGAUAGGGAUCCACCAGUGCGCAGUUUUCACCAGGCAAUGAUGGAAAAGGGUCGAGCAUCCCCGCCUAUUCAAAUGCAGCGUGAGAGGUCUCGAUCCCCUUAUGCAGCUGGUGGUGGUAGCAGUUUUCACAAGGGUGUAAUGGAAAGAGGUCGGGCAUCCCCACCACAUCAAGUCCAGCGUGAAAGGUCUCGAUCCCCUUAUCGUAGUAUUGGUGGCAGUUUCCACAAAGAUAUGACCGAACAAGGUCGGUCAUCAUCACACCAUAACCAGCCGGAGCGGGGGAGAUCUCUGAGCAGUGGACGUGAUGACAGAGGAUUUAAAGCUGGGCCUCGUUCUUAUUUUGGAGAAGAAGAGGAGGAAGGAAUGAUUCCAGCUGAUGAAGAUGGCAUGAUACCACCAAAUGAAAAUGGCUUGUAUCAAGGAGCUGAGGACGGCCGCCAUCGAUCUCCAUGA